GCCAUUUCGUUUCUUACCGCUUGUUCAAGUCUAUUAUUUUUUAUGUAGCGAAAUGGCCGAGUCCAUCUUUUAUAAUCAAAAAGAAGAGCCACAAUAUGUUCUUUAUUUUCAUAUUUUUCAAGGAUUUCCAAUUCAGAAUCAGAUCCUUCCAAGUCCGGUUCGUUUACUUUCAAGUCCAAUUCUUUUUCCAAAAUACCCUUUUCUUCGGAAAAAAGGGAAGGAUCUUCUUCAGUGGAUUUCUUUUUUUUUUUCUACGUCUUUUUCUUCCUCCUUUUGCAACCUUUCCUUUUCCCUUUGUUCUAUUUUUGAGACCUCACUAAAUUUCUGAGUAGGAAUAGGUAAGGGUGUUCUGCCUAAAGACUGAAUACUUAGAAU